AUGUCUCCUGUAUUAGGCAGAUUAAUCGAACAUCUUAGAACUAGGUCAGGAUUUUCACUGGAAUUUAAAAUACCUUUGUGCUAUGGAGGUCAAUGGGUAGAUCGCUCACUAAGCGAUAGAAACUUUGUAUUGCCAGUUCUGCCGAAGGAUUUCAGUUCGGUGCUGGCAAAUCUUGCUGGAAGUUGCCUAAAUCAAGUUAAUGUUGCAAAGUUACACUUUUCUGAUGGAAAACAUGUUAUUUAUACUUCCUUACUGAAAUCGUUAUGUUUAAAAAAAUGGAUAUGUGACUUGGUGAUCACAAAGUGCCGAAUUUUACUUUUUAAGGCAAUCUUAUCUUUUAUUGCUCUUUAUUUUGAAGUUUUUAUUAAAACCAAGGUAAAUUUAACUGAUUUAACCAACUUUAAUGUGUACAAGUGCACCCCAAAUAAGUGGGAUGAAAUGAUUAUAGUGGAAGGUGAUUUCUAA